UCGUACGGCGGUGCUACACACAUACACAACUACUGGGAUCCAUUGGCCAGCUGGUUGGGCGCCUUUGACCGACGCCUUUCUCGUCAGAGACUCUGAGCCAAUGGACCUGGCUGUGGUCGGGAGACGUUGAUCCUAUUGCUGCAGUCAUUUGGGUUCCCCCGUGACAGAUGUGCGUGGUGCGCGCGCGCGCACGUGUGUGUGUGUGCAUGCGCGCGCGCGUGUGUGUGUAUAUAUAUGUGUGUGCGCUUGCUUUGACCACACGCUGCCUUUUUGCAGCAGCGAGUGGUGGAGGCGGGUGACCGCUUGGGCUGGAGCGCGUGCAGGCCAAUUAACCCGGGGGGCUCCGGGUGGCCACAUGGAGUCUUCCUCGCUUGCGCUUGGCUCGCUGGCUCCAAAUUCGGCUUCUCGUUUCAUCCCAGGCUGAUCAUCGCCGGUGCCGCCGCUGCUCCCGCUGUCCUCCCAGCUAUCGUCUCUCAGUCUGGUUCCGUCCCAUCACACGAAAGGAUUCUUUUUUUCCCGCGAACAAUGGACAUCCCAGCUCCCCCGAAGCCCGGUGCCCAAAGCAGCCCGGGCCCCGCACCGCCGGCGCCCCCUCCGCACGGCGCGACCCCGGACAACGUCGGCGGUGGCGGCGGCAGCGGCUCAAGCGUCGGCGUCAUCGAGGCGGUCAGCCCGACCCCGAAGCCCGGCCACGUGGGCGAGGUGCUGCUGUACGGCGCGCCCAUCGUGUCCCUCGUCAUCGACGGCCAGGAGCGCCUCUGCCUCGCCCAGAUCUCCAACACGCUGCUCAAGAGCUACAGCUACAACGAGAUUCACAACCGGCGUGUGGCGCUGGGCAUCACGUGCGUGCAGUGCACGCCCGUGCAGCUCGAGCUGCUGCGGCGGGCGGGCGCAAUGCCCGUGUCUUCGCGCCGCUGCGGCAUGAUCACGCGGCGCGAGGCCGAGCGCCUCUGCAAGUCCUUCCUGGGCGACCACGAGCCGCCGCGGCUGCCCGAGAACUUCGCGUUCGACGUGACGCACGAGUGCGCCUGGGGCUGCCGCGGCAGCUUCGUGCCGGCGCGCUACAACAGCUCGCGCGCCAAGUGCAUCAAGUGCUCGCUCUGCGGCCUCUUCUUCUCGCCCAACAAGUUCAUCUUCCACUCGCACCGCGCGCCCGACGCCAAGUACGUGCAGCCCGACGCCGCCAACUUCAACUCGUGGCGCCGCCACCUGCGGCUCACCGACAAGGCUCCCUCGGAGGACAUGGUGUGCGCUUGGGAGGACGUCAAGGCCAUGUUCAAUGGCGGCAGCAGGAAGAGGGGUCUCCCUCCGAUGCAGGGCAAUGUCAAGUCGCAGCUCGACGUGAGCCACCAGCCUGAUGGCAGCGCACUACUGCAGCAGCAGCAGCAGCAGCAGAUACGGUCCAUCGCCUCGACCUUCAAGCGCGCCCGAUUCUCCGACGGCGACGCGCUUCCCUUCCCGCGGGAGCACCCGGCCGAGUUCGUGGCCGCUUCCACGGCAGCGUCGUUGGGCAAGGCCCGCGGGCAACUGCAGCUCCCGUCCGCGUCGCUCCCCGGCUUUCCCAACUUCCACCACAGCGUGUCCCCGCCCAGGCUUCUCACCGCCAAGAAGGACGAUGGCCUUGCGCCGUACGGGGUCAACCCGAGCAAGCUGGGGUGUUCCCUGUGGCCGGCACCCAAGGAGGCUGUCUACUCGCCCUUCUACAUGCUCUGGCACCUGCAGAGCGCGCACGGCGGAGUGACCCUCCCCAAGUUCCCCUCUCCGCAGCCGCAGACGCGUAAGUUUGCCGCCCACUGGAUCCGUGGCACGACGGCCGCGCCGGAAGCCGCGACGCUGUGCCACGACAGUGACCACGAGACUCCGCCGACGCCUGGCAGCAGCGUGAGCAGCGAGUGCUGCUCGAGCGUGCAUUCCAGGAAGGAGGAGGACGACGAGAUGAGGCCUCUGGGCACCGCGAGCGGGGGAGGCAAUAACCUGCAGCAGCAUCAUCAUCACCAUCAUCACCAUCAUCAGGAGGGUGCCGCUUUUCGGGGCCGCCGGCCACCGCCGUACAUCUCGGCCUUUCGUCCCGUGGUGGCGGCCGACGCAUCGGAGAUGAGCAUCGCGAAGCUUCACGGCGCCGGGCUGCAGAGCGCGGCGGACGCACCCAGGGGUCGGCCGUGCGCCUCUCCGCCGUGCUCCCCGCUCCCCGAGGGCGCUCGCCGACUGCGUGCGGAGGGCGCGGCGAGGGACGCGGAGCGGAAGCUGUGCGUGGACGGAGCCGGUGGCUCCUCCGAGGCCAGGUUUACCGGCCUCAUGGAGGAGCAGCAGCAGCGAUGGGCCUCCAAGGAGGACAAGGGCGAUGGUGUUGCUGCCGGCACCGCAAACGCCAACGAGAGAAGCGAGAGAUCCAGAAAUGGACACCUGUUGCUCUCUGAUGAGGACGCUGUAGGGCAAAUGAAGGACUGUCAAGAGCGUUCAGCUGCUAAUUCUUCAUUGGAGACGGAGACUCCAAACCCCAAUUACUGCAACUUCAUUGUCACGGGCAGAGUUGGAGACAAUGAACUCGCACUGGAAGGCUUGGGAUCACCUAGGGAUCUGAAACCUCUGGACACUCCGCUGUAUUUUCAAAACGAAAACCUGCACACGUUUCUGCUGCACCAGAUGGCGAUGCGGCGGAAGCUUGAGCACGAACUCGUGUUCGUGAAAGACGGUUUUGAAGAGAAGCGCACGACCCCGUACAAAGAGGAGCUGGCAGACCACGAGGCGCUGCAGGCUGUGAAAGAUGUUCCAAGCUCACUACAUCCCUACCCCUACAAGAUGCUAUUCAAGCACUUCUAGUAAAUACAGUAUUUAUGAACUCCUGCUAUUUAUAUGUUUAUUGUCUCAGAAAUUCCCUGUACAUUUGUGUACAAAACAUUUAGUUUAUUCGCUACGUUUUGACUUUCCCCGUGUAUAUAGCGGGCGAUGGAGUUGUUCUGCCGUUCCCCGUGUGUCGCUAGUCGACUCGGAUAUCGUAUUGCUUUUAGAAUGGCUUAUUUUCACGUUGUUCGUGAUCCGCUGCCCACGAAGGCUACCACUGUUUGCAAGUGCUUGCGGGGAGCUGAUUUAAAACAUAUGCAGUGCAUUUUGCGCGACAAAAACAAAACGCUUCUCCCAAAAAUGCAACCUUAACGGUCGGUCGCACUUGCAUUAAGGAUCCGUAUGCACAGGUGCGAUCUUUGGAAAAUGUUCAAUUCCAACGCUGAAUGUGAACACCCUCUCUUUAGAUAGGAAAUACAGUGGGCCCCUAUAGGCCUUCUACAGCUCAUCAUGCGGAGGCUCGCCGCGAGGGCUCACGGGGAUAUUCACGAGGUCACGCAUGGGAACGUGAUUGCUUCAGACCGCCGUGGGCCCGUGCCAAUGUCCAGCCCCACGUGGGUGAUGGUCACCGAAGGCUGUGAGUGGAUGCCUCUGCGCGCCUCCAGAUCCACAGCCUUAGAGCAACGCAUUCAUUCUAACCCCGUAAGAGGCUAGCCUUGCCAUAUGCUGCCGUGGUGUGAUGAUCAGCACACAGAGAUCUCCAGUUUGUUUCCUGGCACGGCAAUUGACAAAAUCGGCAAGUUUAUUCAAUACCGUUGCAUCUGUCCACUCAGCGGUAUUACAGUUAGUCGAUCGGUAGGUCACAUGUGGUGGGGUAAAGAAUGGGUACUCCCACCUCUUUGAAGACAUCGAGUCAGUGUGGAAGAGGAGGCUAGAUAUCCUUUAGAGGGGCUCUCUAGAGCUCCCUCUAGUGGACACCCUUCCAUCUUAGCCCAUAUGGGGACCUAACCAGGAUUUAUUUUCGUACGAUGAGCAGAGCACGCAUAUAGAACCCAAUUUACAUGUUAGGAAAUGUUCAUGUUCAUUUUCAUAGAUGUGCGCAUGUCUCCCUUACUAACGAUAGGGCCAAUCUCCACCACAGCAAUAUCGACCUGAGAUGGAUGAUGGGCUGAAUUGAUCCCCAAUCAGGAUUUGAGGUCGAAGCCUUUCUAUUACGGGGCCCUAGCUCUACCGCUGAGCAACCUGGACAGUUUUGGCUGAAGGAGUAACGGGAGAUAGGGCUCGGAAUCUCACUACCUGUUUGACACAUAGGCUUUCGCGACCAAUAUUAUACAUAAGAGGUUUUCGUGGGUUCGAUCGCGUAAAUAGAAAUGUUUAAACCCGCCACCAUCCGACACAGCCAAAUAUUAACGUUCGUCACGUAAACAGUGACAGACCUUACCACCUUACAGGUGCCUUUGCACCUGAGGGGCUCACAAGUGAUGACAUCACAUCUAUCCCUCUGUUUAAGAACGAAACAGGAGCAUUUCUCCACAAAUCUGGCUGUCGCCUGAUGAUGCGAGUUGUAAUUACUGGCGAA